CUAGUCAGAAAGCUCGACAUGUAUCUCCUGCCCUUCCUGUCUCUCAUGUACUUUUUCAACUCUGUCGACCGGACAAAUCUAGGAAAUGCUAAAACAGACGGACUCGACAAGGAUCUGAAAUUUAAAGGAAAUGAAUAUUCUUUGCUCAUUCUCCUGUUCUAUAUUCCUUUUGGAACGCUCGAUUUGCCUUUGAACAUGCUUACCAAAAAGUACUCUGCUCGCUGGGUGCUGCCAACUCUCAUGUGGGUAUGGGGAAGUCUCGCCAUGCUUCAAUGCGCUGCGAAGAAUUUUGGUGGUUUGCUUGUUUUGCGUUUGCUCUUAGGGGUUUGUGAAGCUGGAUUCUUUGCUGGCGUUGUGUUUUACUUCACCAUCUUUUACUCUCGGGGAGAGUUGGGAUUUCGAGUGGCAAUAUUUUUUGGAUGCGCCCUGCUCGCUGCAGCAUUUAGCGGUCUGAUUUCUUAUGGAGUCUUUCAAAUCGGCGACAAACACGUCAAAGGCUGGAUGUGGCUCAUGAUUAUUGAGGGCGGGCUAACAGUCCUAAUUGGUCUAUUUGCCUACUUCUGGCUUCCGGCUUCUCCCUCAACGGCCUGGUUCCUGAACGAUGCCGAAAAGGCUGCCGCAAAAGCGCGAAACUUGCGUGAUUCAUCGAGUAAAGUUGACACCAAGUUCAACUUGAAAGACUGCUUCCAAAUUUGGAAAGACUGGAAAUUCGCACUCUGGUGCAUCAUUGCAUUUACAUACCCCGUGGCAUUCGCGACGACCUCAAACUUUCUCCCUCAAAUUGUCCAAAGACUUGGCUAUUCUGUUAUCAAAACGAACCUCUGGACUGUGGCACCCAACGCAGUCGGUUUUGUGGUCCUCUUGCUAUUCGCAAAAUCUUCUGACUAUUUCCGGGAACGGACUUUCCACGUCAUCAUUGCCCUCUGCAUAUCCAUGGCUGGAAUGCUGAUUCUGAUCAUAAUUGACGUCCUGGAAAAUAAGGGUGUCGCCUAUUUUGCAUGCUUCUUAAUGGCAGCUGGAUCAUACAUCCCCAGUUGUCUUGUCCAAUCUUGGCACAACAACAAUAAUCUUGACGAAAACUCUCGAGCCGCAACGACUGGCCUGCUUGUUGGUCUUGGAAAUUUUGCCGGUAUCCUAUCUGCAGGGACUUUCCGCGUAGAGUACGCACCAAAGUAUAUACCAACUCUCAUAGCGACAUGCAUCUGUAACGUUAUUGCUAUAGUGGGCAUCCUCAUUUUGGGUUUAUGGAUGAAGGCCGAGAACAGACGACGGAACAAGGAGCAGGGAGUCAAUCUUGAGGCAAAAGAUGUGGACACCAGAGACCUUCCAGAUGGCGAAAAAUCGCCCAAAUUUCGCUACUUCACUUAAGGGCUUUGAAUUCUGCAAGAAAACAGGGGGUUUCUACCCAUAUCCCAUAUAAAAUAGACUUAGAUUAGUGCUGCUUACCCUGGCCAAGAGGCAAUGUCAGAUGACCAUAGAGAGAAAAUUCAAUUAUUCGCAAUGCAUCCCAAAUACUUUGGGAAAUAUCUGGCUUGAUCACAAAAUGUCGAUGAUGACAGUGUGAAUGAGAUACGUAGUACAUCCUCAAAAACA